AUGGCGUCCGGAUCCUCGUCUUCCAACAGCCGCUCGAUGGAGUCCCGAACCGGCCGAGAUAACCAGCGUUACAACUCCAAAAACGAGCGCUUAGUUGCCGGUGUCGUCCCCCUGACUGCGGACAAGAAGUACGUGCUCCUUAUUCAGUCGACACGACGAAAGGGCUGGGUCUUGCCAAAGGGAGGCUGGGAAAUCGACGAGGAAAUCACCGAGGCUGCUUCUCGUGAGGCCUGGGAAGAGGCCGGUAUCUCGAUUCAGAUUGACUAUGAUCUGGGAGAAAUUACCGAGUCGCGACCUCCGAAGAAGCACUCCAAGGAAUCGAGCAAAUCCCUGUAUCACUUUUACGAAGCUACCGUCGUGAAGGAGGAAGUCGACUGGCCUGAGAAGCACAAGCGUGAACGUCAGUGGUUCACCUACUCACAGGCCAAAGAGGCCCUUUCUGCGCGUCCGGAGCUGCUAGAAGCCCUCACUCGUUCCACCAUCAAGCGGUAG